AUGGGCAUAACGAAAGACUAUCUUCGUUAUGUUCACAGCGGAAGUUGCGCUUGUGUUGGAUCGGCGAAUGGUGAAAUCUGUGCAAUAGAUGCGACCACUUGCGCCGUGACUGCUUGCGAAAAUGUCAGCUUCUAUAACAUGAGGACAAAUGAAAAGGUGCAUGAGAUAUCCGAGUCGACAAAGGAAGCUACAUGCAUGAAACUCAGUGCUGACAAGAGGUGGCAAGCUAUUGGCUAUGCUGAUGGUGUUAUCCGAUUGUUUGAUAGAAAGACAGCUGAACAAAGCUGCGUUAUAUUUUCUGGCCAUAAGAAAGCAGUCAACUGCUUAGCAUUCAGUGAUGACGGUCUUACUUUGGCUUCUGGCGGCAAGGAUUGUGUGGUGAUUCUGUGGGAUAUCGUCUCAGAAAGUGGGCUUUUCCGUCUCAGCGGCCACAAAGGUCCCGUCACACAUCUUGCUUUUGCCCGCGACAACCAAUUUCUGAUCUCAUCAUCGAAGGACUGUCUUGUGAAGUUUUGGAGUCUAAAAAGUCAGAGCUGUUUCUAUACAAUAGUCGACUGUAGCUCUGAGGUGUACUCCUUCUGCCUGCUUUGGAGCAACGCUAUUAUCGUGCUGGCUACAGCUGAGGCUGAGCUCCUUGUUUACGAACUAAUUUGGCUGGAGGACGGCAAAAUCCCGGCUCAAAGUGAAUCAGAUGAGCCUGACAAGAAGAAAACAUCUGAAGGCAGCAACGCUGGAAACCCACUUGAAGGCAUGGCAAACGUGAGAUUUUUCAUUGAA